AUGUCUAACUCCAAGAGGACUCACAUAUCAGCUUACCAGAUGUAUUCUCAGCAUUCAAAAUCUAGCCGUCACAGUCGUUCUUCGAGUUCAGAUGGUUCACACAAUAACCAUGAGAGAAAGUCGGUCGAUUUGAAAGGAAUUAAACGUUCGGACAGCACCAGUUCCCAAGACUUACACAUGCGCAGAGAGAAAAGCUAUGACUCUGAUGAUGAAGUUUUAAAACGCCAUGCCUCAAAAAGCUCACCUUCAAAAGAUCAUUCUUCUGAAAAGCAUAGAUCUCUUAAAUAUUCGGAACAGAAAGAAGAUGUUCGUAAAAAGCAAGCAGAAAAUGACAGAAAGCACUCUACCCGAUCACUGAUGGAUAUUGACUUCAGUAACACUUCUAAGAGCAGUUUAUCGAGGUGGAAAGAGCACACUUCUCAUCAUGAUUUUUCUUCUGAAGAAGAGUCCCAUGGACAUGUAGACAGGUACAAUGACUGGAAAGGUACGAGACGAUAUAGUAAAUAUUCUGAUUCAGAAGAUGAGGGUGACAUGUGGCAUAACACCAGCAAAAGUAGACGGGCUUGGAAAAAUUCAUCACCAUUAACUCAGCCUUCUGAUUAUGACUCACAGCCUGCUGCACUUGUAGUUGAUAUGGUAGACAGACUGCAUAACAAAGAGCGCAAAGAGGUCGUCAGGAGACAAAUUAAUGUUAUCAAGAGCAGUGAGCAAACAUAUUUAGUCAUACCUUCCGGGCUGCCAGCACUCUAUCUUCAUGGCCGAGGCAAGAUCACAGUGCUGAUGGGCAGCGUAAACAUUCUGGGUUGUGAGCUGCGAAGCAAAUCUUCCUAUGAUGUUUACUCCCCGACCUCUGGCAGCCUGCUAGCAGUCCAGGUAGCAGGUGAUACUAAAUUCAAAGCUGCUGAGGUGAAAGCAGAGCUCUCAAAGUUGGGCGUAAUGGAAAAUGACAAAACUUUUGAGUGUAUUGGCAACAACACCAUUGCAGUCAUCAUGGUGGAUCGUCUGGAGUCAGCUCUGUGUGACUACAUCACCAGUUUCAUUCCCUACACUCAGCUGUUCAUCGCCACUCCAGCUUGGGACAUUGAGCCAUCUGAGCUGAAAGGUGUGACACUGCCAAAACUGGGGUUGAAGUUGACACCGCAGAAGGAGAUGGUGCCAGCAUGCAUGAAUCUGUCACAGGACCUGGAGACUGUUCUCACCAAAUGGACAAAUCUUCUGUCAGGCACCAAAAGAGGGCCUAUUGUGCUGUGUACUGGAGCAAAAAAUACUGGGAAGUCCACUGUGAACCGGAUGCUUAUAAACACAGCUUUCAAAAGCGUUAGUAGUAUUGCUUACCUCGACUGUGAUGUAGGCCAGACCGAAUUCUCACCACCUGCUACCCUGUCUCUUCAUGUCCUCACACAGCCAGUACUAGAGCCACCAUUCUGCCAUCAGAGACAUGCUGAAAAAAUGGUGUUUUAUGGGGAAACAACACCAAACUAUGACCCAGAUUUGUAUGUCCAGUGCCUGAAGUUCAUUGUUGAGGCAUACCGUGAGUUGAGGCCACAGUUGCCCCUGAUAGUGAACACUAUGGGAUUUCUGGAAGGGGCUGGUUUAAUGUUGCUGAUUGACACACUACAUUUGGUGAAGCCUGACUUGGUGGUACAAAUUGAAAGUUUCAACCCGUCAGCAAACCUGCCUCCAGUAACUCCAGAGUUUGUAGCUUCCGAGGAAGGCUGGAUGUUCACUAAAACCGCAGUUAAGGACCCACAGCUGAAAGUAGAAGAGGCACACCCACAUGAAGUAGUCCUCCUUCCAACUCUUAUAAGCCAGAUGAGGGAUUUCAGCUUUACUUUUAAACUCAAGCCAGUGGAUCUCCGCAACCUGACACUGCUGGCUGCUUUGUCCAUGAACCUAGAAAGAGGCAUGACCCUGAACUCUUUACCCCCAUAUGCAGUGCCCUAUAGGCAGUUUGGUGUCAGCAUAUGCCACCAUAAGCUGACAGGGGAAGAAGUGCUGACUGCCAUUGAUGCCAGUGUUGUGGCCUUGUGUGUGGCAGAUCUGUCCAAGGCAGAGCGUGUGAGCGAAGACCUGCCUUUAAUUUUCCAUGAGAUGCCAAUUUGUGCGUGUCUUGGACUGGGUAUUGUGCGUGGCAUUGACACAGAGAGGGGCCUGUUGUAUUUGGUGAGCUCCCUACCCAGGGUGCGUCUGCAAAUGAUGAACACAAUCCUGAAAGGGUCACUCUCUUUGCCAGAUCAGAUUCUUCUGAAACAGACAAGCUCUGAACCCAUACCAUAUGUGGAUGCACUGGCACCCUCAACUGCUGUGGCAUCCGUGAGGCCAAGAACAAGAAUGCCCAGAAUCUCAUUUGGUGCUAAGAAGUGA